AUUUGACAUCUCUUUGCAGCGCUUUACCAUCUUUCAAAUAUUAACCAUAGCUUUGAGAGAGAAACUUGAUAAUCAGAGCUUAUAUGCGUGGAAUUGCAGCAUUAGUACCUGUGAAAUACAAGCUCAAACAUAUGUACCCUGUGGCAAGAUCAUGGGUGGCUACCAUAACUCCAAAGAAACAUGAAAACAAUGACUUUGGAGAAGGAAGGCGUUUGAAUGAAAAGACAGAUCCUAUUGUUGCCUUCAGCAGACCUCCUCAACUCCCGCCUGUCUUUGGACCACUGGUUGCCCUAUCGUUGUUCGAAAUGUGGUCGAGCCACGAUGGUGAUGAUGACUAACCAGUGAUGCAAGGCUGUAUCAUGUACUAUCAAUGUAUACGUACACAAGGGUCCGUGUGAGUUACUUUUUUCCUUUUUCCUACUGAAAGUAUUUCUUUGAGAUGUGGGGGUAGCAUGCUUAGUGCUAAGGCAAACACUGGAGCCAUGAAUCUCCAAAUUCUAAUGUAGCCUCUGCCAGAAGUAGACUGGAAAAAAAGGUGGUGAAAUUCUAGUGUAAAUCUUCAUUAGGAACUAUACUAUGACAUGAGGACUCUUUAGGAAUCCUGUUUUGUAAGGAAAGUAUACCACUAGUAUGUAAAUAUUUUAUACGAGUUUUGUGCUA